CAGCUAGAGUGCCUUGUGGUCCUCCCUCCUCCAUCCAGUUCCUCCUGUCCUCUCCUCGCACAACACACAUCGCCGUCCCGCCUCCUCUCUCCCCUCGGCUAGCUCCAAAUCAGCUCACGCUUGCAAAGGAUAGAGAAAGGCGCAGCGGCUGAUCCGGCCGGGAGCGCAGGCAAAGCAUGGAGCAAUACGACGAGCAGCAGCUCUUUCCUUCCGCCUACAUGGACCCCUCCGUCCUCGUACCCAACGGCGCGGCACAGGGGGAGAGGCCGAGAGCGCUGCGCAAGAGGUGGCGGGCUGCGAGGUGCGGCGCUGACGGCAGCGGCGAGCUGGACCCCAAGAAGCGGCGGCUGAGCGACGAGCAGGUGGAGAUGCUGGAGCUGAGCUUCCGGGAGGAGCGGAAGCUGGAGAAAGGCCGGAAGGUGCACCUGGCCGCCGAGCUCGGGCUCGACCCCAAGCAGGUGGCCGUCUGGUUCCAAAACCGCCGCGCCCGCCACAAGAGCAAGCUGCUCGAGGAGGAGUUCGCCAAGCUCAAGCAGGCCCACGACGCUGCCAUCCUCCACAAAUGCCACCUCGAGAACGAGGUGCUGAGGCUGAAGGAGAGGCUGGUGCUCACCGAGGAGCAACUGACGCGGCUCAGAUCCGUGGGAAGCCAGAACUACGCUGUCUCCGGUGACGGCGCAGACGCCAUGGGCCGUCUCGUCUGCAGCGGGAGCCCGACCUCGUCGUUCUCGACGGGCACCUGCCAGCAGCCGGGCGUCGGCGUCGGCGAUCACCUGGGGGACGACGACCUAUUUUACGUUCCUGAUUAUGCUGGCUACGCUGAUAACAGCGUGGUCGAGUGGUUUAGCCUGUAUGGACUGAUGUAAGCGAUCAGUAAUGUUAUCUCAGAUUCUAGAGCUAGUUCAUACUGCUAUCGUCUCAUGGCGAUUCCUAAGCUUGCAUGUUUAAUCAUGUACAUAAAUUAAGUGGCAAAAUAUAGCCAACUGGUAGUACUUGAAAAUUUGAAAUUCAG